ACUGUCAGAAACAACUCAACUUGGGGAUCUAUCGAUUCAUUCUCGGCUUCGUUAAGAUCGCGUUGUGAAAACGUGGUAUUCCAAAUUUGAGUAAAUAUAAUUUUUUUAAAAAAAAUCUCGCCGAAUUUAUUGCAGUAAAAAUGGUCGCUCAAAAAAAACAGAAAAAGGCCAUGGAGAGCAUUAACUCCAGACUAGCCCUUGUCAUGAAAUCUGGUAAAUAUGUGCUAGGACAGAAGCAAACAUUAAAGGCUUUGAGGCAGGGGAAAGCAAAAUUAGUGAUAAUUGCUAAUAACACACCUCCUCUUAAGAAAAGUGAAAUUGAAUAUUAUGCUAUGCUUGCAAAGACAGGAGUCCAUCAUUAUUCAGGCAGUAAUAUUGAACUUGGAACAGCCUGUGGCAAAUACUUCAGAGUGUGUGCAUUGAGUAUAACUGAUCCAGGUGAUUCUGAUAUCAUUAGGACUAUGCCUACAGAGCAACAGUAAACUUUUUGUAAUUAAAUAAAAUUUGAAAAAACAAA